CACCCAUGAAUUAUCGUGGGUCUUUGCUUUCUGUCUGUGUGUUCUCUUGUUGUCGUAUGAAGCUUAAGAAAUGAUUCGCACAAGUCCAGCAGCUUCUGUGAUUUCAAUGACUGGCCAAAGAGAUGCUGCAAAUGCAACAUUCGCCACCAAGGGGCUGUGUAUGGAAGAUAAGAUUAAUGAUGCAGUUAUGUUGUUCAAUAAAAUUACUGAAAUGGGAUUUCAACCAACUACCUGGACUUGUGGGACUUUGAUUAAGGGGUUAUGUACGAGUGGAAAAGCAGAGAUGGCUCUUUGUUUGCAUAAAGAGGUGGGGAAAAGGCAUGGACGGUCUGAUUUAAGAUUUAAGAUUUAAGCCUAACUUUAGUU